ACAUCGGUACAGAACCUAACUUGAAGCACGCCUUAUGGAUUUGGUGUUCGAAGUGACAGAAAUUAUAAACUUUAAUUAAUACCGGUAGUAAUUAUAAUAGCUUAUGAUGGUAGAUGAAUCAACGAAGAAAACAUUAAGUAAUAUUCCAUUGCUGCAAACGAAAGCAGGUCCUAGGGAUAAAGAAAUAUGGGUGCAAAGAUUAAAAGAAGAAUAUCAAGCUUUAAUUAAACAAUUUUUAUGUAUUUUUCAAAAUGUAAAAAAUAAUAAAGAAUCUGACAAUGAUUGGUUUCGUUUGGAAUCAAAUAAAGAAGGUACAAGAUGGUUUGGCAAAUGUUGGUACAUACAUAAUUUUUUAAAAUACGAAUUUGAUGUUGAAUUUGAUGUACCUGUUACAUACCCUACAACAGCCCCUGAAAUUGCUUUACCUGAGUUAGAUGGUAAAACUGCAAAAAUGUACAGAGGUGGAAAAAUUUGUCUUACAGACCAUUUUAAACCUUUAUGGGCACGUAAUGUACCAAAAUUUGGAAUUGCACAUGCCAUGGCACUUGGACUUGGUCCAUGGUUGGCAGUAGAAAUUCCUGAUCUUAUAGAUAAAGGUGCUAUAAUGCAUAAAGAUAAAAUUGAUGAACAUAAGUCGUAA